UCUGACAUUUUCUGGUUGAGCUGUUUCACCUCCACCCCUUCUCCCUCAACGGGAUAGGGAAGUAAGUCCUGGAUUCAGAACUCUGCCCUGCCCUACACUACCUCAUUCUCUCUUCACAGGCUGGUUCACAGCGGUCACUGCAGAUGCACCUUGAAGACAUAAGGUGCCAGACCCAAGUCAUGAUCCUGCGAGUCAUCUCCCUGGCUGCCCUUCUGAGUCCCCAUGGAACUGGGGCCAUCAGGGUGGGCCACGUGUCAACGUAUGUCCAGUUUGUCCAGACACACAGACCCUCUGGAGAGUACAUGUUUUAGUUUGGUGAGGAUGAGCAGUUCUAUGUGGAUCUGGAUAAGAAGGAGACCAUCUGGCAUCUGCCAGAGUUUAUUCGUGCCUUCAACUUUGAUGCUUGGAGGGGUACUGCUGACAUUGUCACGGCAAAGAAGAACCUGAACACUCUGAUCCAACGGUCCAACCACACCAGGGCCACAAAUGAGCCACCUGAGGUGGCCGUGUUUCCCAAGGAGCCUGUGGAGCUUGGACAGCCCAACACCCUCAUCUGCCAUGUGUACAAGUUCUUCCCACCUGUGCUCAAUGUCACAUGGCUGUGCAAUGGGCAGACGGUCACCAAAGGUGUGGCUGAGAGCAUCUUCCUGCCUAGCACAGAAUUCAGGUUCCACAAGUUCCACUACCUGACCUUCAUUCCCACGGCUGAAGAUGUCUAUGACUGCAAGGUGGAGCACUGGGGCUUGGACCAGCCACUCCUUCAGCACUGGGAGGCCCAGGAGCCUAUCGAGGUGCCUGAGACAAUGGAGACUGUGGUCUGUGCCCUGGGCCUGGUGGUGGGCGUGGCAGGCAUCAUCACUGGCACCAUCAUCCUGAAGACCAGGAGGCCCGACAACAUCCCUGGGUGCAGGGGCCCCUGUGAGUUAUCCCAGAGCUGGGAUCAUUAUUUCCGCAUCAUACAGAGCGGGAAGCAGACACGAGGAGGGUGA